AUGCUUCUGAUCCGGCGCGUGAUACAUGCCCGGCGCUUCUGCACGGCCGUGGCAAGAAGAGCGGAGGACAUAAUGCCAAACCCAGAUUGCCGGCCUACGAGUCUAAGCUCGAGAGUCACGUACCUGGCCGCCCUUGGGUAUCUGGACACGGCGGCCAUGUACGCUCGUUUGGCUGUUUUCACCAAGAUGAAAUCGGAGUUCACAACAAUCACAUGUCAAACCAUCAUCGAAAACAUGGUGCGGGAGAAAAGGCACGAGGACGCUCACGAUCUCUACGAUUUCUUCUUCAACCAGCAUAACCUCAGGCCCAACUGCCAUUCCUGCAACUACAUUCUCGAGUCCCUUUUCCAACAAGGUCUUGUCGAAGAAGCUCUCGAUUUCCACAGAUCCCUACCCGGCUUGGCCCGCGGUUACCCAAGCGAGGACACUUUCAGGGUGCUGACGAAAGGUUUAGUCGACUCCGGUCGAUUGGACCAAGCCCUAGGCUUCCUUACGGACAGGACAGACGAGGACGAUAGGUUCCUAGUAUCACGUGGCCAAUACCCUGAUGACGUGGCGUUCAACAAUGUGAUUCGCGGGUAUUUGGAUCUUGGGGAUGUAGACAAGGCGAAACUAGUCUUCGACGACUUCAAACACUUGUGCAGGCGAUACUCUGGAUAUGAAGACGCGGUCGCAUUCCUUACGGUGGCAUUCAUGGAGUACUGGUUUAAGCAAGGCAAAGAGGUGGAAGCUAUGGAGUGUCACAACCAGUCUCUUCUUCUGGAACACAAGUUACCGGUUUCCCGAGCAACUGGCAACGCCCUUUUGAAAGUCCUGCUCAGGUACGGCAAAAAAGACCAUGCUUGGGCAUUGUACCAUCGAAUGUGUGAUGAUAAAAUCGUGUACAAUGAUACCGUUAUGAUAAUGGUGAAGGAGUGUUUUGAUAUGGGUCGCUGUAGCGAGGCAAUUGAGACCUACAACAAGGCGAAACCCCAAGGGUACUACAACAUAAUUCCCGAGACAAACUUGUUUACUCAAGUCGGAUACCUUAUCACGAGGUGUUGCGAAAACGGCAUGUUGUUGGAAGCAGAGUCUCUCUUUGCUGAUUCACUUGCUUGUGGUUUCGGAUUCACUGACGUUGCCGCUUUCGAAGCAAUGAUCCAUGGUUAUGUCAAGGCUGGGAGAUUCGAUGAUGCUCUUAAAACCUCCAACAAAAUGAUCGAUGUGGCUCUAGAGGAGGUCUCCCAUCUCUUUUGA